AUGGCAUUCCGCACUCAGAUACCAAAAAUACAGCCAGAAGCCGACGAAGUUCUGGUCGGACAUUAUGUACCUCUUUUUGUCGACUUCUCAUCCGAAGCCGACGAGAAUCAGGCCUUGCUCUCAAAAAUCGCGCGGCUGGAGGCCGCCCUUGCAGAGAGCGAAAGUUUAAACGAGCAGCUGCGUAUGGACAACAAUCUACUUGAGGGGUCGGUCAAACGUGGUGCUGCGGUCGUUGAAACCAUGGUCUCGGGGAUGAAGGCUCUCGAGGCGCAGCUUGAGGAAGUUAAGCAGGAAAAAGGGCAGCUCGAGUCGCAGUUACAAGAAGUGGCUACGCUCGCAAUGGCAUUCAUCAAACAUCAAGACCAGUCUAACUCCUCAUCGACAUCACACACUAUGGUACAAGAACGGCAAAUAGUCGAGACUGCCUCUACGGAUGUCUCACCCACCACAUCCGUAGAACAUUUGGAAGAUGAGAUCUCCGCUGCAGUCACCGAGGCGCUCGAGCCCAAGGUCCCAUCGGCCAAAUUGCGUAGGGACGCAGCAGCAGCUAUUUAUGAUGGCCUUCGACACCGUCAGGCUGCAGUCGAAGGCGGCAAGGAGAAUAUCGCCCCUGUGGCAUCAACCUCACGCUUGCCGCCUGGAUCGUGCAGACCUUCUUCAACUUCACUGGCAGGGACGGCGGUCGCGUCUAUUCAGGAUCAAGUAGGAGUUAGGACUGGGGGGAGACCUAUGAGGCCACUACCUCGCAGAGCUGGGUCUUCAGUGGUGGCCCAAGGUAGCGCCUCUGCAGAACGUGCCGCCGACGGCACUGAAGAUUACGACCGGGUGAGAAUCGCUAUACAAGAGUGA